GCCACGUAUGUCUACGCCAAAAAUUUGUUUAAAUAAAGGAAAACUUUUCUUAUUUCGCGCAAAGCUCUAUCUUUCUCUCCAAGAAAGAAAACGAGCGCAACAACAAACAAAUAAGCGGAAAAGAAAACUUCGACGCCGAUACAAUUUCGUAAAACGUCGAAAACUGUGAUUGCGUGGCAGUCAAGGAAGCAGGGCUAGCUCCUCCUGCUCGCUUGGCACUCAGAUGCUUUUCUGGCCGGCACGCCUCUCCGAGGAACAGCAACUGCUUCAGCGCUCAACUUUGAGGCAAAUCGUUCUUUUGUUUGGGCUGAUACUUUGCUUGGUGUGCAGAUUUCCUGAAGGACAAAAGUCCUUGAACUUCCUGCUUUUUCGGAAAAUCGUUACCGACCACAACAGCAAGUACAUAUCCUUGUAUGAUGCUGCGAUCAGUCAGGACUACACCACGAUUAACAUUACCCUGAACCUUGCGAGGAACAUCACGGCGGAUAUAUGGCUUAAGGCUACGAUAGGGCAGCGGGUGUCCAAACACGGAGAAUCCUACAGGGACGUCUUCACCUACAACGUGAAUCUGUGCCAGGUAAUGGGCAGGGGCAAGGGCAACAGCCUGAUCAACUUCUGGCUGAAUAAUAUCCUCAGGCAGUCCAAUAUGCCCCGAAACUGCCCACUCAAGGAGGGCAACUACUUUAUGCGCAACAUUCGAUCGGAAAAGGAGACCAUUCCACGGUUCAUUCGCUCGGGCAGCUUUCGCAUAGACUCUAACGUUUAUGUGAGGGACUGGCACAGUGUCAAUUUGACAGAAACAAUCUUUUAUGUCGACAUAAAAAUGAAGUGAGUGGGCCCGGCGUCCGGACCCUCUUUUUCAGGAAGGCUUGCACCGAUAUCAACUGGCCACAUUAAAAGGCAAUGAAUUAUUGAAGAGCUCAAAUCUCCGCUGGCUAACACAAUUUCUCACUUCCAAUCGAAUAAAUCGUUGCACGUGCAUUUCGCAUAAAUAAAUUAAUGAGUCCUCAAACAAGGACCCGGAUAGAGACACCGACACGGACACGGAUUUCUGCACGGAACGUGGCUGGCCGCGCUGCAAGCUGCGAUUUAUACGAGGGCGCCAUCUAAGCGCAAAAUAAUUUAAACACUGUCAAUAAUAGUUUGGGGACAUAGUAUUUUUCCAUCGACAAGUUUGCCCUCGACUUCCCGACGCGUCCUUUGUCCAGGUCUUCUCGACACGUUCACACGCGCUCCUAAGGAUGCCAUGGGUACUUUUUCGUCGUAUUUCCCAUCAAUUGCACUUCCGGAAUUGAACAGGGGCAGCGCGCACUUUCUUAUAUUUUCCGGAGCCCGGCGAAGAACAAGCAGUCUGAGCUCCUUUGAAACAAAUGCAGGCAGAAUCCGGAGGAGCUGGGCGCACGGUGAGGGAAACUACAGAAGUGAAGUCGUAUGCUCAAGGAAAUUGCCAUCAUUACACUUGUCGCAGUUGCUGUGCUUUGCCUUAAGUAACGUUUAAUGUUUGUUUGCCAUGAA